CACCAUGGCUGCCCUGGCUUCCUUGGUCUGGGUACUGGCUGGCUGCUUCUCUGCAGCUUUAGCACAGGCUGCAUCUCCAUAUCCUCCUUUAUGGGAAGACAGCCCUGAGCAGUUAAGUGACUACAGUAUGGAGGGUGGAAAGUACAUAAUUGAUCCUUGGGUAUACACUGAAAGAUUGGGGUUGUACAGAAUCUUGCUGAAAAAGACAGCCACGUAUUUUGCAAAAUAUGGUCCAGAAAAUGAACAAAAUCUUCUCUGGGGAUUGCCUCUGCAGUUUGGCUGGCAGUAUCAAUCAGGUAGAUUAGCUGAUCCCACUGGAAUGACAAACUGUGGCAAUGGACUUAAUGCGAGUCUGUGUGUCUCUGUGGACAGUUGGUGGGCUGAUGUAAAUUAUUUUCUGAGUGUGGUACCUUUCCUUGCUGCUGUUGAUUCUGGAAUAAUAGGAAUAUCGCCAAACCAAAUCACAAUCUUGCCACCACCCGAGGAUCAGAUGAUGUUUUGUUAUAAUGUUUCUGGUUGUCAAUCUGCCCACCCUGAAACAAUGAAUAGAUGGAGAGACUUUUUUCAGUACAUGAAGUUGAGUUCUAGUAACUUUGAUGGCCUUCUUAAGGAGUUAUGGGAAGCCCAUACCUCAUCCUUGGAGUAUCCCACCAAUGUCUUUGUAGACAGAUAUGACUUCUAUUCUGACAAAGAAGCAAAUUUUGAAGAAAACUGGGCUAUUGCUGUGAACUAUUUAGCAGCAGCCCGUUUUCCUACAACCCAGAAUAGAACAUACAGCUUUCAGAAUGCCCUGCCCCCACGAGUCCUUGUUCAUACUGACAUAGCCCCUUUUAUUCCUGACUUCACUUCUCUUCAGAACAAAGUCCUGGUACAGCUCAAACUUCUUGGUGAUACUGACAGAAAUUCAGGAUCAUCAUCUUUGAUUCUAUGGGAAAGCCUCAUGAGUACAAAAUUGGCAAGGGCAUUAUUUCUAAAAGCCUUUGAAGCGUUCCUGGAAACACCUUAAGACAUAAAAUUUUGAGUGAAUUGUUAACGACUGCCUUUGACCACAGCAACUAAAAAUAAUGACUACGAUUACAAUCAUUUAGAUCUAUG